AUGGCAGUCCUAUAUGUGCCUGCCAGCAUGGAGGGGCAGGGUUUAACUGCAUGUGGGUCUGGAUUUACUCAGAUCCCUGCAGCGACCAUGGCAAAGGCCCUGUGUAGCCUCCAGCCUAGCGUUGCCCCACUUUCAGACAAGCUGAUGGUGCCCGUUCAGGACGGAUUCUGGAGACCUGGAGGACGCCUGUGGCCCGGGGGAGGGCGGGGGAAGGGCCGGGCCACAGUAACAAAGGCCUCUCCCUCCAACGAGCAAUUCCCCCCCGGCCCCGCCUCCGCGGCCCCCCGCUUGCCCUUAUUGGCCGGUCUCCCUGCCCGUCAGCGCCACCCCCCUCCCCAGGUCUGCAGCAGCUCAGGCCGCCUCGUCGCGCCCCCCCAGCCCCCUCCCCCCGCCCCCGCCGCCCCCCGGGCCGGUGCAGCCGCAGGCGGGGUCCCCCUUCCCCUCCCCCUCUCCCCCAGGCUCGCGCGCCCCGACCGCCCCCUCCCCUCCCCUUCCGCGCCGCCGCGAUGCCCCCCCCCUGCGCCCGGGGCCCGGCUCCGGCUCCUCGCCGCCGCCGCCCUGGCCGGUCUGGCCGUCAUCAGCCGAGGGCUGCUGUCCCAGAGCCUGGAAUUCAGCUCACCUGCAGACAACUACACAGUGUGUGAAGGUGACAACGCCACCCUCAGCUGCUUCAUUGAUGAGCAUGUGACCAGAGUGGCCUGGCUGAACCGCUCCAACAUCCUGUAUGCAGGAAAUGACCGCUGGACCAGUGACCCCCGGGUGCGGCUGCUCAUCAACACCCCUGAAGAGUUCUCAAUCCUCAUCACCCAGGUGGGGCUUGGUGAUGAGGGCCUCUACACCUGCUCCUUCCAGACCCGCCACCAGCCCUACACCACUCAGGUCUACCUCAUCGUCCAUGUCCCUGCCCGCAUUGUGAACAUCUCCUCCCCUGUGGCUGUCAAUGAAGGGGGCAAUGUGAACCUUCUCUGCCUGGCUGUGGGAAGGCCAGAGCCCACUGUCACCUGGAGACAGCUCCGAGACGGCUUCACCUCAGAGGGCGAGAUUCUGGAAAUCUCCGACAUCCAGCGGGGCCAGGCUGGGGAAUACGAAUGCAUUACUCACAACGGGGUGAACUCGGCGCCUGACAGCCGCCGUGUGCUGGUCACAGUAAAUUAUCCCCCUACUAUCACCGACGUGACCAGCGCGCGAACCGCCCUGGGCCGGGCUGCCCUUCUACGUUGCGAAGCCAUGGCCGUGCCGCCUGCAGAUUUCCAGUGGUACAAGGAUGACAGGCUGCUAAGCAGCGGCUCGGCGGAGGGUCUCAAAGUGCAGACGGAGCGCACCCGCUCCAUGCUUCUCUUCGCCAACGUGAGCGCUAGGCACUAUGGCAACUACACCUGUCGAGCAGCCAACCGACUUGGAGCGUCCAGCGCCUCCAUGCGGCUCCUGCGCCCAGGAUCCCUGGAGAACUCAGCUCCAAGGCCCCCGGGGCCCUUGACCCUCCUCUCCGCCCUGGGCUGGCUGUGGUGGAGAAUGUAGACAUCACCCAGUACAGCGCACCUCCCCCCACAGGGGGCCUCAGGCCAGGAGCAAGAGAAAGGGGGUGAGCAAGCGCCCUGGGUCUCAAGUGGGACAGAAGAGCUCUCAGCCACAGAGGAAGAAAGAAGAGGAGGAGGAAGGUCUUUUAGAGAACCCAUCACUGUGAGGGAUAACGCAAAAUUAUGCAUCUUUCUACAGCCAUUCUCGCCACCUGUUCACGAUUCCAAUUGUGACCCACCACCCCCAGCCACUCCACACCCCUCUCUUAGCUCAGGCUGUCAACUGGCUCAUGUGUGUGUGUACGUGUGUGUGUGUGUACGCACGUGUGCAUGUAUGUGAGUGAGUCUGCAUGUCAUGUAUGUGUGUGUGUGAAGGUGUGCUGAGGGAGAGAACCAGGAGGCCUCCCUCUCUGGACCCGACUCUCCCAUGGCCCCUGCCCAUUCCUGCUGCCUCUCUUCCUCUGGCUGGAGGUAGGUAAGGGAGCUUCAAGGUGGAAGCUUUGGCAAGAAGCCUGCCAGCUUCCCACCUUCUCAUAUAUGCACGAACACCUGCCCCUUUCCUCCCUACUCAAGGGGCGGGCGGGUAGGUGGCAUCACUCAGCCUUUGUGAAUAGGUGGGGAUCUUUGUCAUGGCUGUUUCUCCCUGCUCUAUCACCUGCAGCUGCCUGCAGCCAGAGGCCCUAUCACUGACUCAGUGGCUUGAAACCUCCCUUGCCCUGUUCUUACCCCACCCUGGACUUUCUGGCCCCCUUCCUGGGCCAAUCGGUGCUUCCAUUCAACUGACAGGCAGGCUGGUGGCACUUAUCACCUGUCUGUCUCAGUGCUUUGUCCCACCCAGACCCCCAGACUCCCCUGGGCCACAGUGGCACUCUCCAGGUGCCCUGCAACUGACUCACAAGCAUGGGC